AUGUCGCCCGCUCUCUUAGCUCUGGUGGCCCUAUGGCUCCCCACAGUUCAGGGGCAGAGUCUGCGAGGGAGCUGGCAGACUUCACAGGCUCCGGCGGCUUCGAGUGCGGAGGAAGCGUUCGCAAUCUUUGACCCGAAGAACCAGUCUUGGGGCGUGCGGAACCUGAUCUCCUGCCGCUACGGUGUGCUCUGCCAUGGCACGGUGGUUUUCAAGGACAGCAAGCCCACGUGUGACGGCACACUCGUGUGCCAGGCGCAAGGCACUGAGGACGCGACCGUGAGAGGCACCAGCACAAACAUCACUGAUAUGAAGGACAGCACGAACAGCACAACUGCUGUGGCAAACCUGCUGGUGUGCCGCUAUGGCUCAUACUGUCAGGGGGGCUGGUCGUAUCACCAUGGGCGCGGGGAGUGCAUGGGCGGGAUGGGUUGCCUACCCCUCCCGUACUAUGCAGGAUCGAACACAAGCGAGCCGCCUCUCAAUCUGGGUAACGCAAGUGACGGCCAAGACACUGCACCGGUGACGUUGAGUCCUGUGGAGCCCACGUAUUGUGCUGUGAACCAGUCCUAUGGCUUCAGCAACUUGAUCUCCUGCCGCUUCGGGGUUGUCUGCCGCGGCACUUGGCUGUGGAUCAACGGUAUCCGCAAGUGCAGUGGAGCUCUAGUGUGCAAGUCCGGGUACAAGGCCACCACAGAUGUUGGUUCAGAUGUUGACUCGAACUUCACGACCAUCAUGCAGGACGACACCAACAGCACAACUGCUGUGGCAAACCUCCUGGUGUGCCUCUAUGGCUCAUACUGCCGAGGGGGCUGGUCGUAUCACCACGGGCGCGGGGAGUGCAUGGGCGGCGGAGUGGCUUGCCUGCCCGGCCCGUAUUACGCGGGCUCUAGCACUAGCACAAGCGAGCCGACUCUCACUUUGGGCGGUGCAAAUCACACCCAAGACACUGCACUGGUGGCGUUGAGUCCUGUGGAGCCCACGUAUGAUGCUGUGAACCAGUCCCAUGGCUUCAGCAACUUGAUCUCCUGCCGCUUCGGGGUUGUCUGCCACGGCACUUGGCUGUGGAUCAACGGUAUCCGCAAGUGCAGUGGAGCUCUAGUGUGCAAGUCCGGGUACAAGGCCACCACAGAUGUUGGUUCAGAUGUUGACUCGAACUUCACGACCAUCAUGCAGGACGACACCAACAGCACAACUGCUGUGGCAAAUCUCCUGGUGUGCCGCUAUGGCUCAUACUGCCGAGGGGGCUGGUCGUAUCACCACGGGCGCGGGGACUGCAUGGGCGGAGUCUUUUGCUUGCCCGGCCCGUACUACACAGGUUCGAACACAAGGAAGCCGACUCUCAAUUUGGGCGGUGCAAGUGACACCCAAGACACUGCACUGGUGGCUUUGAGUCCUGUGGAGCCCACGUAUGAUGCUGUGAACCAGUCCCAUGGCUUCAGCAACUUGAUUUCCUGCCGCUUCGGGGUUGUCUGCCACGGCACUUGGCUGUGGAUCAACGGUUUCCGCAAGUGCAGUGGAGCUCUUGUUUGCAAGUCCGGGUACAAGGCCGCCACAGAUGUUGGUUCAGGCAGUGGUUCGAGCUUCACGACCAUCAUGCAUGAUGACACCAGCAGCACAACUGCCGUGGCAAACCUGUUGCUGUGCCGCUAUGGCUCAUACUGCCGAGGGGGCUGGUGGUAUCACAAUGGGCGCAGGGAGUGCAUGGGCGGAAUCGCUUGCCGGCGCGGGCAAUACAUCAGGCCGCCCCGUCACCUUUCAACCCGAAUCAGAUCUGCCACUUGA